UUUAUCAGUAAGUCAGACUCUCUUAGCUGUGACAGUAGUUGAUAAGUCAUUUGAGCAGCGAGACACACGACAGCACCUCGAGAAGACCAGUAGGCAAAGGCUAAGCGAGUCUCAGGUCCUCCGUAAGAAUGGAACAAGGUUACGAAUCCUCUGACAGUGGAGUGUAUGACAUAGUGGACAUCGCAUUCCCAUUUGAUUACCCCCGCCAGCCCGGCAAGGAUUACAGUGGCGGAGGUCCUCACCAAGAAGCGGGUGCCGGACAUUCAGGAUUCGUUCCCCAUGGCAUACAAAUCCCGGCGCCCCCGCCGUCGACCCAGCGUGAGGACGUGGUGCCAAUACGUGGAGUCUCUGGAGAAGAUGAAGAGUAUCCCAUGGGCAACCAGGAGCGUGGGAUAGCCCUCAUCUUGAACCAUAAAGUCUUUGAAGAAGACUCCCUUCAUAACAGAGCGUACACAGAGAUCGACAGAAACGCAUUGAUGCGUGCAUUCACAACACUCGGCUUCGAAGUACGCUGUUUCGACGAUCUGACAUAUAGCCAAAUUCGCCAACAACUCAGACGAGUGGCCGAGGAGGACCACGUCAACUGCGUUGCAGUGGCUGUGCUUUCACUUGGCAGUGCGAAUAAUGUGCUGUUUGCAAAAGACCAGGCGUAUCAUGUCAGCGACCUGCUGGAACCUUUCAGCCCCGCUCAGUGCCCACGCCUUGUUGGGAAACCCAAACUCUUCUUCAUACAGGCGAGUAGGGGAUGGAUGGCUGGAACUCCAUUGGCUCCGUUACGCCAUACUACACCUGUGCAGACGAGGAUGGAAAGGGAGGCUUCUGAGAGUGGUAUCUUCAGAGGCCCUGUUGUUAAGACAUAUGGUGAUGUCCUCAUAUCGUACUCCACAUCUGAAGGUUCACAGUCAUUCCGCAACGCACAAAAUGGUGCAUGGUACGUGCAGACCCUGUGCGCCCAACUGGAGGCCCACGGCAGAACUAAGGACUUAGUGUCGCUGCUCACAGACGUGAAUCGCAUCGUGAGCGAACAGUUUCGCUCCCACAUGCCUCAAAAUCCAGUGUUUCAUAACAAGAUUCAGGAACCCUGCUUCACUUCUGCCUUGAAAUGGCGAUUGUAUUUCCGGUAGAGUAAUCAUCCUGGACAGCCAAAGUUCCCAAUCAGCCACUACUUGCCAUUCCAGGCUCAUUACUGCAUUCAUUGGAAUCAACACCAAUGCAUUCACUGUACCAGAAGAUUAGUCAACCAGAUUCAACAUAGCCCACAAACAAUCUUUUGGCCAAUAGCAUGAUUUUUGGCAGAUUAUUAUUUCUAUUCUAUUGGCACUGAUCUUUCAGGAGCUUAACACUACAGUUUUGUUUCAUUAACCUCUACAGCCAUAAUUAUUAGGAUAUAUUUGCACUAUUGAAAGUAUGAGCCUAAAGGUAAUACACAUAAUAUGUAUCAAAAUAUGGCUGCACGUUCACAAUAUACAGAUAAAUACAUUGAAUGGUAAAUUAACUAGAGAUAUCAAAUGAAAGAUAUAGCAACUUGGGGCGUCAAAAGGAACAUUCAAUUUCUUCCUACAAGAAUCUCAUGUCGGAGAAAUUGAUAUCCACGAUUUUAAUUUUCGUUGCUAGUAGCUGGCCGCAUUUCUGAUUUCGCACUAUGCCUUACGUACCUAGGUAACCCCACUUUUUCACUCAUAAAUUUCCCAUAUCACAAAUGGACUAUCAUUGCAUCUUGUUAAAUCUUUCCUCAUCUCACUGUAAAUAAUGAUAUGUAGUUUGUUUCUUUCAAUAAACAUUGUACAGUAAGA